UGUGCUUGUCGUGUACGGCUCGGAGUAGCAGGCGGGUCACCCCUUGGAGUGUAAGGGGUGCAGGAGAAGACUGUUAGGUAGCCUACUUGGGAGAAGAUGGUUUUCAAACUUAAGUCUGGUUGUUGUGGCAUCUCUCCUCAAUGUGAGGCACCUAUACGCUGAACAAAUAUUUGCACGUAACCUACUCUAGCAUAGCCGAAAUAGCGACAUGGCAAUGACACCAUCGGUCACUGAAGACGGAAAAGACCAGGGGAAGACUCCCAGCAGUGCGGAGCCAGUGGUGGAGAACGACUCUGACAACAAGAGAGCCCUGUUUUUGGGAAGUGCGGUGUCACAGGCCAAAAAAUUGAAGCCAGGUGCGUCACCAAGUAACAUUGCAGUUAGCAACUCAACCCUGACUGAGUCUCCAUCAUCCACCCCUGGCUUCGACAUCGAUAUGGAAGAGAUGCCGACCACCUCCACGCCUCAGAGUGUCCCGCGGAGUCAGCAGAGAACCACUGGACCUUCAAGAAACCCAGCACUUACAGAAGAUAUGGAUACAAGCUUUUCCAGUAUCGAAACUUUAGAAGCCACACAAACCACCUACAAACCAGACACAGACUGUACUUCUUCCGCCAGCAGUGUCACAGACGAGGGAACUGCACAGAUGAGCUGGCAGGAGAAAAACGUUGAGUCUAAGGUGACUGAGACCACAAGCUCGAUCAGGGGCUAUGGAGACUGUUGCCCUCAGGCGCGGAUUGGACCAUCUACUUGACAACGGCCUACAUGUGGAGGUCUUGGCAACUGAUCGUUCCACGAGUGUCAAGAAAAUAAUGCGCAAGGAAUAUGAAGAGGUCGAUCAUCAAUUUGAUAUUUGGCACACUGCGAAGAAUAUCCAAAGCAAAUUGAUAUCCAAGUCCAAGAAGAGGGGAUGUGCAGCAUUGAAACCUUGGAUGCGCUCAGUCCGGAACCAUCUCUGGUACUCUGCUGCAAAGGCAAAAGGAAAUGUAGAGACACUGAAGUCGACGUGGAAUUCAGUUCUGCACCACAUAAUCGACGAACAUACAUGGACUGAAGGAGGGACUGAGCGUAGCUGUCAUCACACACCUCUCACCGAUGAAGACCGGGAGAAAAAAAUGUGGCUGUGUAAGGACAGUGAAGCAUAUCAGGAGCUGGCUAGAAUAGUCCUGAACACAACACUCCAGAAGGACCUAGAAAACAUGGGGCGUUUCAAGCACACAGGUGCCUUGGAAGUAUUCCACAGUUCCCUCUUGAAAUAUGCUCCAAAGAGACAGUGCUUUUCCUACCAAAGUAUGAAGCAGAGAACAAACUUGGCCAUCAUGCAUCACAAUGAGAACCUGACUCAGAAACCAAAGCUGGACUCAGAAG